AUGGUAUUUUGGAAAAAUCAAAAGGGUAGAGGCUGAAAAGAAACUUCUGUCACCAGAAAAUGAGCAUGGUGCAUUUUUAAUUCGAGACAGUGAAAGUCGCAGAAAUGAUUACUCCUUGUCAGUAAGAGAUGGUGACACUGUUAAACAUUACCGAAUCCGGCAGCUGGAUGAAGGAGGCUUUUUUAUAGCUAGGCGAAUCACAUUCCGGACUCUAGCGGAUCUGGUAGAACAUUACAGCAGUGAUUCAGAUGGUUUGUGUGUGAAUCUUAGAAAGGCAUGUUCACAG